CGACUGAAAGCUCUUCAUGCUCCGGAGUGGACGUGGCCCUGGUGAUUCGAUAUCAACCACUCAUGCAGCGCUGCCUGACACUGACCCUUGCCCGGCGAAGCAGGCUCCUCUUGAGAAAUAAAUUUGCAUCAGUCCGCUGCCAGCAGUCAGCAGCCAUGUCAGGCCUCCUUAUCAACCAGCCCAAAUACGCCUGGCUGAAGGAGCUGGGUCUGUCAGAGGACAACCCCGGCGUUUACAACGGGAGCUGGGGAGGCAGCGGGGAGGUCGUCACCUCUUACUGCCCCGCCAACAAUGAGCCGAUCGCCAGAGUUACCCAGGCGACUUUGGCAGAGUACGAAGAAACCGUCCAGAAGACCAGGGAGGCCUGGAAGAUGUGGGCAGAUAUUCCAGCUCCAAAAAGAGGAGAGAUUGUGAGGCAGAUUGGAGACGCUUUAAGAAAGAAGAUCAAAGUCCUCGGCAGCCUGGUUUCUCUAGAAAUGGGAAAGAUCUACGUUGAGGGAGUUGGAGAAGUUCAGGAAUACGUCGACGUCUGUGAUUACGCGGUCGGUCUGUCCAGAAUGAUCGGUGGGCCCGUCCUGCCUUCAGAAAGACCAGGACACGCUCUGAUCGAACAGUGGAACCCGGUUGGUCUCGUUGGCAUCAUCACGGCCUUUAACUUCCCCGUGGCGGUGUACGGCUGGAACAACGCCAUCGCUCUGACCUGCGGUAACGUCUGCCUCUGGAAGGGAGCCCCGACCACUCCUCUCACCAGCGUCGCAGUUACCAGGAUUGUGGCCGAGGUGCUGGAGCAGAACAACCUGCCCGGCGCCAUCUGCUCCAUGACCUGCGGCGGCGCUGAUAUCGGCACAGCCAUGGCAAAGGACGAGCGUGUGGAUCUGGUGUCCUUCACCGGCAGCACCCACGUCGGCAAGAUGGUGGCCAUGAUGGUGCAGGAGAGGUUCGGCCGCAAGCUGCUGGAGCUGGGCGGAAACAACGCCAUCAUCGUGUUCGAGGACGCCGACCUGAAUCUUGUGGUUCCCUCUGCGGUUUUCGCUUCCGUGGGAACCGCCGGCCAGCGCUGCACCACGACCAGGAGGCUGAUGCUGCACGAGAGCGUCCAUGACGCCGUGGUGGAGAGGAUCGCCAAGGCCUACAAACAAGUCCGCAUCGGAGACCCCUGGGACCCCAGCACCCUGUACGGCCCUCUGCACACCAAGCAGGCCGUGGAUCAGUACCUGGCAGCCAUUGAGCAGGCCAAGCAGCAGGGAGGCACUCUGGUCUGCGGAGGGAAGGUCAUGGACCGGCCUGGAAACUACGUGGAGCCCACCAUCAUCACAGGACUGGCUCACGACGCCCCCAUCGUCCACACCGAAACCUUCGUCCCCAUCCUCUACGUCCUCAAGUUCAAGACGGAGGAGGAGGCGUUCGCUUGGAACAACGAGGUCCAGCAGGGUCUGUCCAGCAGCAUCUUCACCAAGGAUAUGGGCAGAGUGUUCCGCUGGCUGGGCCCCAAAGGAUCCGACUGCGGCAUCGUGAACGUCAACAUUCCCACGAGCGGAGCUGAGAUCGGAGGAGCCUUCGGCGGAGAGAAGCAUACAGGAGGCGGAAGAGAGUCGGGCAGCGACUCGUGGAAGCAGUACAUGAGGCGUUCGACGUGCACGAUAAACUACAGCAAGGAUCUUCCUCUGGCUCAGGGAAUCAAGUUUGAGUGAAGCGUUCAGGCGGCUUCUUGUUCCAGCUUCAGUGAGCCUGAAGGACAACACUACAUGUUUGAAGCAGCCGAGUGCUGCCGAGCAAAUGCAAGACGUUUGUCGUUGCAGGUUUUGCAUCCAGAAAGGUCAGCUUGAAUUUAGCAAAACGUUUUGAGUAAAUUGGCUGUAAUCUGUCUCAUUAAUCGUGUUUCAAAACAGUUUCUUUGGUUGUGGUUUUAGAUAUUAAUCCUGGAUUUGAAACGGUUUGUGUUAAAGGUCAAAUCUCGUUUACCCCCCGAACGUGUGCACUUUUCUACAAGCACUUGGAAAGUGAGUUUGAGUGCUAGAUGACUGUACCAGAAACCUUUAUAAUGUAUAAAACAAAAUAAAUAUCGCCUCUAUUUUGGAGAAAAAAAAAUCAGUCUCAUGCAUUGUUGUGCAAAUAACAUUUCCUCACAGACUGCAGAAAAUAAUCUUAGUAGAUUUUCCAUGUUCAAAACUAACAAUUUAAGAUUAGUAGCAUGUAGCUCGUAACACUUUGGGUGUUUCCACAUCAUGUGCAGCAUUAAUAUACUGAACUUUGCAUCUAAAGCACUCUUAGAGGAAUGAGUUGAGAGGAACAAUGUACUCUGCAGACAAUCAGACAGUCAAUAAAGGGCAUUGUGGUGACAUGA